AUGGGUUCUCCAGAAAACUCCGGCGAGGAAGACCUCGAUCAAAUGUGGAACGAGGCCCAGAUUGAGUUCCAGAAAAUAAGGGGAGGGAUCCGAAAUCAUUCACCUGCGAGAUACCGGCGAGCAAAGGAUGUUGUCAACAAAACUCUCUUAUGCAUUCAGAGUCUCGGUUCACUUGCUACCGAUGCAGCAUCCAACGCUUUUGGCCCUUCAACUCUUUGUUUCAAUGCUGUAUCGUACCUGAUCACUACUGCACAAAAUUAUUCCAAGAUUUUCGAUGGCGUGGCCGACCUCUUCGAGCGCAUUCCAGCAUUCCCUGACGGGUUUGAAGUAUACGCCAAGUCAAAAACCAUAGGUGUUCAGAUUGACCUGCAUCUCCGGAGGAUCAUUCACGAGCUUUUACGAACUCUUGAAGUGUUUAGUUUUGGAACCGACAAAGGGGUCUCCGAAGAGCUGUCGAAGCUUGAAAACUUGGUGCAACAAGAGACAGGAAUGAGCGUUGCACUGAUUCUGGAAUCGGUCAAGGUGAAUGAAUCAAAUGUGGCUUCCGGGUUUGCCGAAACCAAAGGAUCGUUAAAGACAAUCGAUUCGAAAGUUGAUGGAAUCGCCAAUCAGCUGGCGGAAAAGGAAUUGUGGCGCAAUGAUCAAGAGGAAUUCGUCCGAACAAGAGUCUGCGGCUCGGGUGAAUGGCUUCUUACGGACCCUCAGUUCGCUGCCUGGGCAGAUAAAACAGGGUAUGCGGUUCCAAUUCUGGCUUUCGAAGCCAAAGAGGGUUUUGGGAAAAGUUAUUUGUGUUCAGCUGCUAUAAGGCGCCUCCAUCAACUCUACCCUCCUGGGAAUACUGAAGAUCAUAUGGCGGUUGCGUAUUAUUUCUUCCAGAAGGAUAACAAGGAUGAGAGGUCUGUCAACAAAGCACUUCGAGCUGUGAUCUGGCAAUUGACACAGCGCGAUGCAAGGCAACUGAUUGUUCAAUUCUCCACCAAAACCGAGGUAACUAUCUUUAUCAUCCUUGACGGUAUUGACGAGGCAAAAGCGGAGACUAGUGACCCUCUUAUCCAAAUCCUUCGUGAAGUUUCUUUGUUUGCUACUAAAAAACGACCGUUGUCUCUAAGGCUACUCAUAACUGGGAGACCGAUGUCAUUUUUAGAAAUCAACAAGACACCAAACAUCGCCAUGUCUACAAUUCAACUUGGAACACGAAAUAAGGAAGAUAUUCUCAAGUUCGUGGAGCUGCGACUAGAUACCAUGGAAAUCUUUAAGAAAUCGGACCAACCGGACAUUCAAGAACUCAAGGAGCGUAUUCGCACUGAGCUUACCCAUGGCGCUCAGGGAGAUUUCUUUAAACUUAACUACAUGCUCACGGAAAUUAGCAAGAAAAGAAGGAGGAAGGAGAUUGAGGAAGCUUUAGAGCAUGCUGAUGAGGACCGUCAAGCCACAAUUGCCCGUGAAAUAGAGCGGCUUAGGCAGACUCUUGGAGAUGAAGACAUUGAGGAUCUAAACGAACUUUUAACUUGGGUCAUUGUUCGGGAAAAAUAUUCCGCCCUCCUAGAGGUAUCAGAAUAUCAAACCCUCACAGUUACGUCCCAAUCUAUCAUUGAGUACUUCCGCGCAAAGGCUCAACAGGCAGCCGAGGAUAAGGCUACGCACACUGCACUCCAUGAGUCAGAGAUUGCCAUUGUUAAAAGAUUCUUACGCAACGUCUGUGACGACGAGCUCUUUAACAAGUUCGGGUUUGAAGAAUUUUUUCAGGAGAAACUGAGCCAUAGAAAUACCUCAAUCCAUGCUGACUUGGACAAUAUGGAUUUACACAUUCUUCUCUCACUCCUCAAGGCUAUUUACGGUGAACUAAGAAGCGAAGUGUUCACACUGAUAGAGUACACCUGUUACUGGCUUCCGGACCAUUUCAGGGAGGUUGACUUGGCACUUACACCACCAGGCCCUCAGAGCACCAUUGGCUCUCAACUUAUUAAAUUAUUCACGGAGGAAGAAUAUGUUGACCGGUGGUGGACGCAAGACCGCAUGUGGAUGCGGACUGGGUGGGUUUACAACGAUGAGUAUUGCUCUAUUGUUCUGGGGUGGUUUAAGGAUUCCGCCGUCGUCAAAGGUCUCACUGUGGAACAAAGGGAGUGGGUAAAUGGGCUUAAUUCAUCCUCGCGUCCCGAUGAUGAUCUUCUUAAGCCCAUUGCUAAAAUUAUGGCCAAAAGGUGGCUACAAGUUUGCGGCCUGUGGUUUGUGGAGGAUAUAUAUUGGUGGUUACUCGGGUAUGUGACAAAGGUCAAGGAGCGAACGGGAGAAGGCGAGCGAGUUACUAGCGAUGUUUCGCCGACUUUGGAGCAAAUCCUCGAGGUGGAGAAGUGGGCAAUGAAGGAGCUUGGUGUAACAGAGCAAGAUUCAUUAUGGACUGUUCAAAUGGCAAUUACAUUUCGUCAUUACGGCUUUUACGAGCAAGCCAUAGAGAGAAGCACGAUAUCCAAGAACCUUGAUUCGUCAUCUAACUGGCGUGCACCGUUUUGUCUGGCCCAAACGCACGCUUUGCAGGGGAGAUACAAAAUGGCCCUUGAGACUUUGGAGGAAGUCAUUGCAAUGUUUAGAAAAAAUGGAGACAUAAUGGAAGAGUGGUGCGCUGCCUUCUACAGCGAUAUACUCUACUAUCUCAGAGAGUGGAACGUUGAACUUCAAGAGUAUGAGGCAGCCAACGCUCAUAAUCCAGAUAGCUAUGAACCCAUUCUCAGAAUCAUUCUAAUCCUUGAAGCACAGGAGAAGUACGGUGAAAUUAUUGAAUGUCUGCAGAGUUUGGAUGGCGAAAUGGAUGAAAACGGAUUGACGCGACUCGUUGCAAUGAUGCACCAAUAUGCAGACUCAAAACUGUACCAUGAAACUAUCACCAAAGCCGGACGGGCUGCCGGCCAACUUGAGGCGGUUAAGGAGACUUACCAGGUUGCAAUUGAGGCGGCCAAGUCUAGUGAGACAAGGCUCACAACACUUACAGCACUCCGCUACUGGUACCCACUGUUUCUUUAUUAUGACUAUCCUAGUCAUAAUGCACAUGAGGAAGCCGUCACGGUCUGGGAGCAAAACAUUGCAUCUAUCCCUCGCAUUUCGAACGAGUUGAUAUCCAACGUGCGUUGGUCAACGGUCGCAAAACUCGCUACCUCCUACCUUCAAGAAGCAAGAGAGGCGGGUCUUGACACCCCUAUUGCAGAUACAUAUCGCAGCAAGUUGAUCUAUCUCUCCACAAGCAGCAGCGCUGGAGCUGGUGACGAAUACUUUUCCCACAUCGAUGCGCAGCUCAUUCUAGCGAGGUUUCAUUCUAUCAUGGGAUAUGAACAAAAGGCAAUAGAAGCUAUUCGAAGCCAUAUAAAGCUAGCUCUUGAUAUUUUGGAUGAUAAUGAUGAGAGUAGUGACUGGCAAGGGUUCAAAAUACUCUACAUUUGCCUGAGCCACAUUGAAGACGAUGUCAACGCACUGGCAGCGUGGUCACUACUCGGGCCAACGAUUGAUAGAGAAGCCACUUCAGAUUGCCAGGAAAUUGGCGAAGAAACCUUUUCAGAAGCCGGAGGAAGCGAAAGUGAAGCCGCUGCUGCCGAAGAGGACGAGAGCUCCGAAAUUCUCUCGCAAACCGAUGCGGGAGACGAAGAAGAAGGUGAAGAUGGACAGUCCGCAAAUGGCAGUGAAACUUCACCAUCUCCCAGUGAAAAUGGCUACGGUGGAGGGCUGGAUGGGCACCUCUCUUUUAUUUGGGACGGGGGUUGCGGACAUGAAUGGAGCUAUGCAGAUGAUGUCUACCCUUGCAAAGACUGUAUCGAUGUCCAAUUUGAUACUGCAUGCUAUGAGAAACUGAAGGCCGGUACCUUGGGGCAGAAGGUAUGCAAUAAAAACCACGACUUUUUGCACGUUCCUAGAUGGGAUUUUGAGGAGGCGGCAAGUGUUCCUGAGAGCCACGUUCGUGUUGGAGGGGAGACCAUCACAAUCCCGGAUUGGUUGUCUACGAUUCGUAAGAAGUAUGGAUUUGACCAAUGGUUGGCGAACCACCGGCUACCUAGCUACUCUGUAGCCGACUAG